CGGGGAACGGGGGAUUCCGGGAAAUCCCAAGUCCAAAGUAUUAUUUUUUACUCUUAACUAGUUCUUUGUUUAAUUUGCUGCUAUGACAUCACAUCAGCACCAGUGUUAUUUAUCAAACUGUAACAGUGAGGGCUACGUCGUCAAUUAUACUAAAAUGCUUUGUUCAGACGCCCGAAUACGAAGCGUUAGAUUAGAUAGCCUACCGGAGAUUGUGAGGUCUAUCACCGUCGACGUUAUUGCGCAGAUUGAAAAGGAACUGGACGCUUACGAUUUAGUGUCUCUAGUAUUUCUCCUUUACGACGUGCCUGAUACGGCCCUCCAGCGACUCAUCGUGCACCAGCGUGUGGCCCUGGACGGAGGAGAGAAGAACUUGAACCUGCUGUACGACUGGGCUCAACACGCCCAAACACGGCCCACUUGGAAGUACGAGUUCCUGGAAGCACUAGUCAUAUGCCAGCUCCUCAGCAUAUUAAAAAAAUUGGGGUUGAACCCACACAGUAUUCAGAAACACUACUUACCAGAUAAUAUACAUGUCACUGCCCAUAUCAAUCCAAUGAAAAAAGCUCUAUAUAAAUUAUCUGAAAAUAUCACUAAGAGCAAUCUGGAUAAACUGCAAAAAACUCUCAAAACAUAUGAAUUUGAUACAACUGAAUAUAAAACUUGUGAACUGGUAUUUCUCGAACUGAUGUGCAAAAAAUUCAUCACUAUAGAUAACGUCAAUUAUGGUAAGAAUUCUGCUAAAUGCCAAAUUGAGGCACUAGCAAAGAUAAUUCAUAACUUUCCUGGAUUACAGAAGUUUGCCAAUGAACUCCGAGAAAUACAAGACAGAAUUAACAAUGAACCAAAAUCAAAUAAGCCUGAAACCAGCACUUCUCCUGUAAAGUUUGACAGCACUAGCAGUGAGAUUGAAUUUGGUGAUAGUGAAGAGGUAAACCUUACUGUGGCUGCUUUUAAUGACUUAUUUAACUAUCUGGAUAAUAUGAAUAUUAAAGAUGAUUCAAUUCAAAAGUCUGACACAAACAGGCUAGAUGGUGUUUAUGCUAUUAAAAACCCUAAAAGAGUUGGCGUUUGUUACAUAAUAAAUCAAGAAGAUUUUCAUCCAUCUAAAGAAAGUAUACAGAAUAGUAUCCAAUCUGAACCUCUAGAAAAGCGUUAUGGCUCCAAUAUGGAUAAGUUAGUGCUUGAAAAAACUAUGGAGUCAUUGAAUUUCGAAGUUAUAAGCCACAGAAAUUUAGAUCAUGUAAAAAUGUUGGAUUAUAUUCAAAAUAUAAUACAGUACAGAGUACACCCUGAUGACAGCAUGUUCAUGUUGUGUAUACUCUCCCAUGGUGUGAGAGGACAUGUGUAUGCAGCAAAUUCUGUGAAAGUGAACAUUGAUGAUAUACAAAGGCUAUUGGACGAGGGUCUCCAGCAACGCCAACUUGAGAUACCUAAAAUAAUGAUCCUAGAAGCAUGUCAAGUAAAUAAUGAUGAAGAGCCUCGUCUCAAAUUAGUGGCUGAUGGACCUUCUGGAUAUUAUUUAAAAAAGUUGAAUUUCCUUGUGUAUUGGGCUACUGCACCUGAGCUUGAGGCUUAUAGAGAUACAGAAAAGGGAUCCAUAUUUAUCCAGAUUUUAUGCCAUUUAAUUAAGAAGCAUGCUAAACAUGAACAUUUGUAUGACAUCUUUACUAAAGUUACAGAUGGAGUGGCCAAAAUCUGUUCCAAGUUAGAGAGAGACCAAGUGCCUAUAUUCAAGUCUACCUUGAGGAAGAAACUAUAUUUACAAAUUCCAGAAAAAUCUAAUAUAAACUGAAAUCAUUUAUUUAUCAUUUUGAUCUGUACACAAAAUGCUCUUUAUAAACUAGGUAAUUUAAUUUUAUAUUUGUCAAGAAGGAUUAACAAGUAAAACAUGUUAAUUAAGAAAUGUUGUCUAUA